UUUUAAUACUCAAACUUCUCGAACUCUGUUGCUGUCGUAUUUAAAAAGUUGCAACAUCGGUAACUACGCGACAUACAUACAUUAACAUAUGCGUAAAUCUGCGGAAACAAAAAUGAAAGCUUUUACAACUGAGAGGAAAAUCAAAAUGUAGCGAACAAAACGUUAAAAUAAACGUUGAAAUCUCACUAUGAGUUACUUAGCUCAUGCACAAAGAGGAUUUCUCGAACUAGAAAAACUUUAUGUUCUACAUUUUAUCAAUACCAAAUUCAAACGCAGAGUGCGAAAGGAAGCUUAGCGAGAUUAAUGGCAUUAAAACCACUGAUUAAAACAGAGAAGCGAAGAGAUUUAACUGACCAUAGAUACAAUCAAGAGAAAUAUUAUCAUGUUGUAGUUCAUAGUUGCGUAAAUUUUGGAAUAUGCUUUAUAAUAUAAAUUAAUAGUAGUAUGUAGAUAAAUAAAUUCGUUUUUAUUUAAUGUAAUUUUUAGAACAUGGUAGGGUUUUUUAUUUACUGUAAAAAUCUGUAUUUUGUCAGAAGAUAUGUAUGUUCUGUAAUGUCGUUUUAUUAUAAAAACAUUGUAAAUAUACAAAUCUGAUCUGGCAGCACUGCAGAGCGUGUUUUGAAAUGGUUUUGAACUGUUUUGUUUUUAUUAAUGCUUUUCAUAGAUUAUACACUUAAUAUAUUUGAGACUGCCUUGCGCUCAGAGUCAAAAUGGAUUUUGGUGAUUACGUUUCAUCUGUCCCUAUUAAAGAUUGUGUCGUAGGACAGGAAUACUGGAUAGAUGUCACUCACGUAAAUAAUCCGCAUAGUUUUUUUGUUCGCUUGAUCGACUUUAGAAUGGACAUAGAUAUUCUUGAAGAAUGUGGAAAGGCUGUUGAAGACUCUGAAGUAACUAUAGGCAGAGUGGUCAUCUAUCUAUCAGGGACUUUAAGGAAACAUGUGAGAGGGCUGGUUUACUUUAUUCAUUGGCAUAAUGUUAUGAAAUGCGACUUAAAGGCCAUUGAUUAUGGAUGUACCGACAUUGGUGUACCAACAUCAAAAAUCUAUAAACCAAAAACACCAAGUAAAAUGGUACCUUUGGCUAUACAUUGCAAGCUAGCAAACUGUGUACCUUUAAAUACCGAUAUUUGGGAGGCUAAAACAACUGAAGCUAUGCUGACUUAUAUUGGCAAAGAACGAACAAAAAUGAUUGUCAAGAAUAAAAUGUAUAACCAGCUUUCUGUAGACUUGAUUAACUCUUGCCCUGAUGACAUAGCAACAAUGUUGGCUUACACCAAUUAUUCAUCACUGAGCUUUGGAAAUGAGAUAAGUAUCAGCAGGCUCAGGGCUCCAAUGCCACAACUUAUCGAACCAGAAUUCAAGUGCCUGAAUUUGCAUAUUGAUGAAGUUCUACAUGUCCGUGUCCAAUCAGGAAAAACACUUGAUAGCUUCUUUGUUGCCAGAACUUAUGAUUUUAAACAAUAUUCCUUGGAUCACAGUGACUUUACAGCUUACUGUAAAAGUAAAAGAGUGAUAGUAGACAAGGAAAUAGAGGUUGGAAAUUUAGUUGCCUAUAAAUCUUUGAGUGGAACUGCAUAUGAGCGAGCAGUUAUUUUGGAAUUAAUUAAGCCUGGAAAUAAAUUACGUUUACAGAAAAUAGAUUGGGGCGAUAUUGUUACUGCUACACAAAUGGAACUAAAGCCAAUUACAUGUGAUAUGUAUAUCAACAAACCAGCAAUGGCCAUAUAUUGUUCAACUGGCAAGAGCGUAAUCUGGGAUAAUGGCUUGCAUAAAUUCUUGUAUCCAGGCUUUGAAUUUAUGAUCAAAAUUAAGGAGCUUGGGGACGGCUUUAAUAAACCAAAUGUAGUUGAUGUCUUUCCAGUAAACACUUAAAGAUGAAUAAUUUAAAUUACAGAUGGAAAGUGCAGACACUUUUUUAAGGCAAAUUUUAUAGAUUAAAUGCAAUAAAUUUAAGUUACAGAAAUAUUAAUUUUGUCAUCAAAUAGAGAAUGUGUUUUCAAGAUUUGUCAAAAAUACAUAAUCUUCUAAGGCCUGUAACAUCAUAAGUAAUUUAUCUUAAUUAUAGUAUUAGUCGUGAUAUUAGUGGUAAUAGGUAAUAGGUCUUUUAUUUAUCGAUUGAGGCACUAUAAAGUCUGCAGGAUCAGCUUGUUUAAAAGAAAUGUAAGUGAACAGAGGAGGUUUUUCUACUUUUGUAAAUUAAUAACAUUAAAUGUUCAGCCAAACUAUUUUUAUUUUUUUAUCGACAAUGAUACUAAGGCAAUAAAAAAAUCAGUUUCGUCUUUCCCUA